AUGGUUCAGGGGCCCAUGGGGAACUGUGCCAAACGGCCCCGGCGCAAGGGGUCUAAGGACCCCUGGCAGUGGCCCGGCUCCCCCCUAGGGAGCUCCCGCCCCCGCCCCAGCCCUAGGCCUGAGGAACAGGGGGGCAGCCAGGGCUACUCCGUGCUCGGCAGCCUAGUGGGGCCAGCCUGCAUCUUCCUUCGGCCCAGCAUCGCCGCCACCCAACUCGACCGGGAGCUGCGGCCCGAGGAGAUUGAAGAGCUUCAGAUCGCCUUCCAGGAGUUUGACCGAGACCGAGAUGGUUACAUCGGUUACCGGGAGCUGGGCGCCUGCAUGCGGACCCUGGGUUACAUGCCCACGGAGAUGGAACUCAUCGAGAUCUCGCAGCAGAUCAGUGGCGGGAAGGUGGACUUUGAAGACUUUGUAGAGCUCAUGGGCCCAAAGCUGCUGGCAGAGACUGCAGACAUGAUUGGUGUGAGGGAGCUGCGAGACGCCUUCCGGGAGUUUGACACCAACAGGGAUGGCUGCAUCAGCUUGGGGGAGCUCCGGGCAGCACUGAAGGCUCUGCUGGGAGAGCGCCUCAGCCAGAGAGAGGUGGAUGAGAUCCUGCAGGACAUAGACCUCAAUGGAGAUGGCCUGGUUGACUUUGAAGAAUUUGUACGAAUGAUGUCUCGCUGA